CUAAUAACUAUUUAAAGCAGUCUGUCCUGACUCAGCUCAGCAGUCUCCAGUCUACCAACUGGUCUCUGUAACUUCAUCUUUGUCUCUGUGGUGUACAGUCUUCAGGUGAUGAUGGGGGUAUUGAGUCAUCUCUCUACUCUCCUCCUCCUCUCUCUCCUUCCUCCUGCUCUCUCUCAUGUAGUAGAGAGGUUCAGUGAUGUUACAGACUGUGAGACGUUCUUCCUGGAGGGGACAACUCCAAAUCUCCCAGGUAUUUUGGUUGGUGGGACAGUCCAGAACCAGAACCGCUACAAGCCGAUUUGCCAGAAGUACAAGAAAACCUACAUGUUUGCAACUCUCUACGACACGACCAACAUGAUCCCUGUGUUCUCAGCCUACACCUUCACUGGGGUCGGACCGAGAGGGACAAGACCAGAUACAUGGAUGAUUGAACCUCAGCUGGACGGAGGAAUUGAACCAGUUAUGGGUCUGGAGAAACAAGGGGUCAUUUAUACACACCAGGCUGUCAAUCAGGAUUAUGAUGAAUACGGUAAAGACAAGAAGGUGAACAAAGGUCACUUGUUUCCUAAAUCUUUUGCUCACCAACCUGUAAAUCAGGACUCCACCUUUACCCUGACAAAUGCUGUUCCUCAAGUAAAGACAUUUAAUGAAGGUAGCUGGGGAAAGAUGGAGUGUACGGUUAGAAAGAUACUCCUGAAGCAAUGCCUUGAUAAUAAUGGUCAACCCAAGGCCUAUGUGUUGACUGGAGCAGUUCCCAGUGUCAACAACAAACUGAACAACCGAGUGAACAUCCCAGAUCUCCUGUGGACAGCCUACUGCUGUUACAACAGCAAGAAGAAAGAGUGGAUGGCCAAAGCACACUGGGGUGAGAACCAAGAGGAAACAAACAAACAAGUAUUGAACCCCCAUACCUUGUCAGAGCUGUAUAACAUGUUGAAGCAGCACUACCCAGGUGGUGAUGUCCAGGUGUUCCCAGAUCAGUGUCCAAGAGGUUCUUCUCAGAAAGAGAGAGAGAAGAGCAGAGAGAGGGAGAUAGGAAGUGGGGAUAUUAGCGGGAAAGGGUUGAUGACAUGUGAUGAGGAUUGUAAAUGUGUCUCUUUGUAGGUGACACAGUCCCAGAGUUUGGUCCAGUGGUAACACAGACAACUCUAAAACACAUAUUUACCAUGGAGAUACUAUUAUAUGUUCUGAAUGUAUUUCUAUCACUGUUACCAUGGAGAUACUAUUAUAUGUCCUGAAUGUAAUUAUAUCACUGUUACCAUAGAGAUACUAUUAUAUGUUCUGAAUGUAAUUCUAUCACUGUUACCACAGAGAUACUAUUAUAUGUUCUGAAUGUAAUUCUAUCACUGUUACCAUGGAGAUACUAUUAUAUGUUCUGAAUGUAAUUCUAUCACUGUUACCAUAGAGAUACUAUUAUAUGUCCUGCAUGUAAUUGUAUCACUGUUACCAUAGAGAUACUAUUAUAUGUUCUGAAUGUAAUUCUAUCACUGUUACCAUAGAGAUACUAUUAUAUGUUCUGAAUGUAAUUCUAUCACUGUUACCAUGGAGAUACUAUUAUAUGUUCUGAAUGUAAUUCUAUCACUGUAUGUCUCCAUCUUCUUCCCAUCUGAAGGAAUAAACAUCUAUAAUGAAUGAA